CCCAGAGUCCCAGACCAUGUUGCAUUCGCCGACCUCUCCCUCUCGCUUGUGGUCCUCCUCCCUCUUUUCCUCUUUCACUCACGCAUUAUCAUCUCCCUCCUCCUGGCUUCGCCUUCGACUCGUCUGAUUCACUUUGCCUAUUGAGUCGACAAGAUGGACAUCAAGCACGUCGACGAGGAGAAAACCACACCCAACCCACCAUCUGGCGUCCUCGCCACGCCCGAUGCCAUCCACCCUUCAUCUCUCAGCACUUCAUCCGACGAGAAAGCGACCGUCUCGACGGCCGAGAACAUUCAAUCCCACAAAGAAGGACACAAUGACAUCACCAAGCCUUACGACCCUGCCCUCGCGCCGCGUUAUACCAAGAAAGAAGAAGACGCGGUCAUUCGCAAACUCGACUGGCAUUUGAUGCCGCUCAUCUUCGUGCUGUACAGUUUAUCCGUGCUCGAUCGCUCCAAUCUGGGCAAUGCUCGUAUCUCAGGAAUGGAAGACGACAUCGACCUAACUGGUAAGCGGUACGAUUGGUUGGGAACGGCCUUCUAUAUCUCCUACAUUCUCUCCCAAUGGACGCAAAUGGGCUGGAAAGCCUUCCCGCCCCACCGCUGGGUCGCCUUUGUCGUCUUUGGCUGGGGCAUCGUCUCGACGUUGCAAGCAGCGUGCACAUCCUGGGCCGGCGUGAUGGUGUGUCGAGUGUUUCUCGCCAUCUUCGAAGCCGCAUAUGGCCCCGGCGUCCCUCUUUAUCUGUCGUUCUUUUACCCUCGAGAGAAGCUCGGCCUGCGCACGGGCAUCUUCCUGUCUGGAUCAGCAGCGGCCAAUGCAUACGGAUCCGCGCUGGCGUACGGUAUCUCGCAGGCCAAAGCGAGUAUCGGCCCCUGGCGGAUCUUGUUUAUCGUCGAGGGCGCGCCAACGUGCAUUCUCGCCCUGGUGGCGUGGUUCUGGUUGCCUGACAGUCCACACCAGGCAAAAUUCUUGAACGAGCGCGACAAGGAGAUCGCGAUCGAUUUGAGUCUGAGGCAGCCGGGCGAUCGGACGGGGAAGAAGGGACUGCAAUGGAAGCAGGUCCUUGGUGGACUGAUGGAUUAUCGAUCAUACCUCCCACCACUAAUGUACUUCGGCUGCAACGUAUGCUUCGCCUCUCUCCCACUCUUCGUGCCCACGAUCAUCUCCGAGAUGGGCGCAUUCACCACGAUCCAAUCCAACGGUCUCUCCGCACCGCCGUACGUGCUCUGCUUCCUGGCCAUCUGCGGCUGCGCGUGGCUGUCCGACCGUGUGGGAUGGAGGGGACCUUUCGUCGCGGUGCCCGCGCUCGUCGCCGCGAUCGGGUACAUCAUCCUGGGCACCACGACGGGGGUUGGGCCGCGCUACUUCGGGCUGUUUCUGGCGGUGCAGAUCUUCGUGAGCGUCGCCAUGGUGCUCACGUGGGUCGGCAACACGCACGCCACGGAUUCCAAGAGGGCCGUGGCGCUGGCUAUACUCGCGACGGGCGGGCAGUGCGGGCCUGUGCUCGGCACGAAUAUAUUUCCCAAGACCGACAAGCCGUAUUACCGCAAGGGCAUGUGGGUGAGUUGCGGGGCGUGUCUGCUCGUCGUGGUGACGAGUUGUAUGCAGAUGGCCUUGUUGAUGAGGGCGAAUAAGAAGCGCGACGAGAAGUAUGGCAAGAACAGGGAAACCGUCCACCUCGAAAGGCCGACUGAGUUUGGCGAGGACAAGCAGUUUCGAUACAUGGUCUGAAAACCUGGGCUUAAGAUCCGGGAAAAGGGGCAAACAGUCAUGGAGGAUGUAGAUGGGGGCAUGAUGGAGACGAGGAUGUCAACACGGUAGGAUGCCAUAUUGAGAUGGAGGACAAUUGUCUAGUGCAGUGCAGUCGCAUUGUAUGUAGCACGCAGAAGGCAUGAUUCGGACAUCAAGCAUACCUAGGCAUAUAUUCAAA